CUUGUCGGCUGGUCUUUGUCUUUUGUGGCUCGCCUUGGUCUCUCCCAGGCCCCCUCUCAACGGAGACGGUCGCCACUUCCUCAUUGCAGCCGCCUGCAGCGGGAAGGCCUGACGCCUCCCUGACGCCAGCCAAGUGCAGGGCAGCCUCCUUUCGCAACGACCGCCUCGCAGCGAAUGUUCAGUGUAUGUUCGUCAGCCACACGAAACUGAGGAGUUGGCGAUUCGUGUGUGCCGUCUCUCAGCAUUCUCGCUUGGUUUGUGCGUGUCGCCUGAGUCUCCCAUGCAGGAGGGUAAAGGGUCGACAUCGAGAGAGCGGAUGUGCUGUUUGUACCUCCCGCAGAGGAGGCUGAGGAUAAAUAUUUUAAUUCACAAAGAGAGUGUCCUCAAGAAAUAAUCAGCCGUGCUGUUUCUGGUGGUUGUGGUGAGAUCAGAAUGCAGCCCCGACGACGCGGCAACCUGCUGUCCGGACGAGCCGUUGACGAGACGUUGGAAAAAAAGGAAAUGAUCACCCCUCAGGCGCGGCUACUGUUUUCUGGUGGUUGUGGUGUAAUCAGAAUGGUUACGGCGGGGGCCUCAGGCAUCCGCCGACGACGCAGCAACCUGCUGCAUCCUCGGAGAACAAAUCCUUGACGCCGUUGACGAGACGUUGGUGAGAGAAAGAAGUGAGUUCCUUUCUGUUGCCGUGUCGGCGUCGAACUGUGUCCCCUUGUGUUUCAGUUCUAGUCUUCCGCAAGCUCAUACCGGUCGGCUCUUCGCGCUGCGCCAAGAGCCGCUCAAGACAUCACGGACGCUGCGGGAGGUCCCGCUCAACCGACUCUCAACCAACCCCUCCCGUCUUCAAGGUUACACGUGGGAGGCAACAAAAACGAUGAUGACGAUGAAGGACGACGCCCAGGAGAGGGCCGGUGAGACCGAGCUUGAGAAGCUCGAGAAGAUGGUUAGACGUGACCGCGAGCUGGCAGCAGGUGAGCCUCGCUCAAUCGCAUGCCAAAUUUGUUGCAUACACGCAGAGGGGGGGCACAGGUAGCUGGGCAGAUGGGCAGUUAGCUACGUGGGAGCGCUGCGUGUGUGUGACGGCACUGCACACAUGGUUGGCCUCAAUUGGUGUUGGUUCUGUGGGUCUGGUGUUGCAGAGCUGGCCCGUUACGACCGCCGGCAGCUGCUGGAGCUGUGGACGGAGAAGGAGCACCUGCAGGGUAGGCCCCAACACCAGCAUACCUCCCUGUCAGUCGCGGUCAGUUGUUUAUUGACGAGUGGCUGUGUGUGGUCCGCGGCGUGCAGGGCUUGUGAAUAAGUGGCGGGAGAGGCAGCAGGCCGACGCAGAGAGGCUGAAUAAGGCGCUCAACAACAUGGAGAAGGCCAAAUCGAACCAGGUGCGUACACGAAUGUGCGUCGUCGGCAUGUACGCACGGCACGGCACGGCACUGCCUCCGUGCUUGUGUGCUUGUGUGUGAUGUGGAUGCAGAACAUACUCGUCGCCGCUGCCGCCAAACUGGAGGUCAGAGGCUGAGCCCCCCUCUCCCCCCACUCACACACACAUAAGCACAGAGAGAGAUACCUGUCUUGUCCCUUUCUGCGUCUCACAGGAGAAGAAGGAGGAGCUGGAGAAGGAAAACGCCUCGCUGAAGGCCACGGUAGCCAAGCUGCAGCAGGUACACAUGCAUACUCCACAGACAGCUCAAAGCACACAGAGAGGAGCAUCCAUGCGCACACACCCAACACACAUGUGCUUUGUUCGUUCGUGUUGCACAUAUCAGCAACUAGAGGCGGUGACCAGCCCAGCCCAGCCGUCCACGGCGUCGGGCAGCCCGGCCUCAGCGUCGGCUUCCCCGUCACUCUCAGGUUGCAGCUGUUCCGUCGCACAGCACUGAGAACCCCCUUUUCCCGUCAUCGGCCCCGCACCGGACUCGCCCCACGAGUCCCUCUCGCUGCUAGAAGAGACAUCAAGGCGAUCAGCCUAAAGAGGAGGAGGAGAAGGUAUGGGUGUUGUUCCCUCCAUGUCCUUAUCUGUCUCUGCUGCCAUGUCUCUGUGUGUGUUUUGUGUCUUCAGCCGCAGUGUAUCGCUGCCUUCAUUUUAUAUCUGUGGACAUAUUUGCUUCACUUCUUCGGAUGGGUCUCUGUUCUGCGAGGAUUUUGAUGCAGAGCGUACCUCCGCGCAGAGGAGGCCGAUAGAAAAGCUGGUAAGAAAGAUACUUUCGCGAAACACAUUUUCUUCCUUCCCUUUCCCGGCGGCCGAGAAGGCACGCAAGUAAGGCAGAAUAGAGAGGAAAAAGCACAUAAUUGCACAUGUCCUUUAUUUGCUUUAUUCUGCCUCGGAAACAAUGUGUGCUGCUGUCCUUUCAGUACCUCGCUGAUGGACACCCUGACGUCGCCCUACUGGAGAUACAGGACGAUGACACCGUCCGCGGCACAGCCCCGGCCCAGAUCGCAGCCGACAAUGGUGGGUGGCGUCGAGUGCAUCUUACGAUACCAUUUGCGUGCCUUCGCUGCUUCUGUUGGCGCAGCUAGGGCGUCUGCGGUGUGCCUGCAAGAUGCUGGGGGUGUCUGAGUGGGACAACAAGACGCUGGUCCGCCACGCCUACCACAAAGGCCCUGCAGCACCACCCCGACAAAGGCGGCACCAAGAGGGCUUCCAGCGGCUCAAGAGGGCGUACGAGCUGGUGCAUGCAGCGCCGCCAUCGCCCAAGAGCUGUGAGGAGGGCGAGGCCACGGGUGCGUGCCUCGACAGGCUGAGUGGUCUGUGCCCUUAGUGCGCCAAGAUGUACCAGGUGCGUGCAUUGCGUUUGUGAGAAAGUCAUGUCUCUCUCACCUGAUGUUUCCUCCAUGGGUCGUCUUCUCGUCAGGCCGAGAUGGAGGCGGCGUUGAGGGAGAUGACGUGGGAGGCCGAGGCCAAGGCGGCAGUGGCAGAGGAGGAGGCCCACGCCGCGACCACCCCCGCCGCCACGGUCAGCAGCCGCCCCUCCUUUCACACCGACCAGAGGCCGCCCGUCACCAGCAGGGGGGAGGGGCUCUGGAGCCGCUGGUUUCCAGACCCCUUCUGCACCUGCUGCGGCUUUCCAAGAGGACGACUAACCUGAGGAAGAGGUAUGGGCGUCGGAAGAUACUGCUUCUUUGACCGAUGUCUCUGUCUCUGCUGCCGUGUCUCUGUGUGUUUUGUGUCUUCAGCCGCAGUGUAUCGCUGCCUUCAUUUUAUAUCCGUGGACAUUCUUAUUUCACUUCAGCGGCGCUGGAUUCCCUACAGCAAGGAAAGCGACAGGUUAGAAAAGAAGACCGGAGGCAUGGAGACAGGUCGAUGAAACAAACACAUUCUCUGUCCGUCAGCUUGCCUUCAUCCCUCUGCUAUAGUCAUUGCCUUUAUCCCUCUGCUGGUCGACUACAGCCGAAUUCAGCUCAUUUGAUAAAUUCUCAGCUGACACCAGCCCAUCAAAGCUCUAACAGGUCCUGUGGGUUGCUGCCUGCCUUGUCUGCAGGUCCCACCUCCAUGAGGUCGGCUGGCAGGACUCGGAGGUCAGCGAGUCAGAGACGAAAAGCCUCAGCGAGUGCGCCCGCCAACUCAACAUACUGCACGGCCUACUGGACAAGUACUGGAGGAGCUGGCGGACACUGGCGGCAGACCGGACCCUGACUCAAUCAGAAGGAAGUACUCUAUCGCCAGUGAGUUGCGCGUACACACAGAGAAGGGAGGUGGAUGCAUCAUCCCUCCACGGUGACAUUUGUUUUCUCUUGGUGUGCAGCUGGAAGUGUAGGUGGCCGAGAUCCUCAAACGGCGAGCAGCACGUCAGCAACAAGCCGACCAGUAUCAUCAGCCUCCUGACCGUGUUGGCCAUCCCGAUGGUGGUCAAGAUCGACCCUCUCCACGAUGUGGCCGACCCCCUGAAUGAGAAACACUAUCCAAAAAUAUGA